CCCAUGUUUCAUGAGCUGAAAUAAAAGAUACCAGAAAUGUUCCAUACGCACAAAAAGCUUAUUUCUCUCAUAACUCAUUACUGUUCCCGCGUUCGCAGAGACCGCAUUCACUGAAUCUCUGCCAAUGUCGGCUCAAUCGGAAAUUACCUUUACAUUUCAAAUGCGCUAUAUAGGGCUGAAGUUCAGCCCUAAGUGGAAAGAGGGGAUCAUAAAUAUACACAUUUUACAUGAACCCAUGUUUUUUUUUUCUUCCUGCAUUCCGAUGUUCUGAGAGUUCCCGUGCUGGCUGGGUGUGUCCCAGGUGACGCAGCAGCCAGGUGAGAAAUAUACCAUGCCUCCAGACCUGAGUUGAGGCAGAACCACUGACGGACUAUGGCUGAAGAUCAGCAGAACUCUAUCCUGAAAGAGGGAUUCCUUGUCAAACGGGGCCAUGUAGUUCACAACUGGAAGGCUCGCUGGUUUGUACUCAUGCCGGACAAGUUGCUCUACUAUAAGUAUGAUGGGGGGAAGAGAGACCCCUGUCAACGCGGGAAGAUCAUGUUGACCGAUUGUGAAAUCUCUUGUCCGUUCCUGGAGUACGACAACCGGCCGCUGGUGUUCAAACUGCGGACCAAGAGUUCUGCCGAGUACUUUCUGGAGGCGUGUUCUCGGGAGGAGCGUGACCAAUGGGCAGCGGAUAUCGGUGCAGUGGUGGAGAAGCUCCGCCCAGCUGACUCUCCUAUCAGUCAGUCUACGACCACUGGACCCCGUUCGCUACAACUACACAACGUCAGCCUGAACCAGGUGGUGGACUCCAUGCAUGACGUCCACAGUGGCAUCAAGCUGACCAGCCACAACGAACAGGGAAGUUCCUACAGCAACUGCUUCUCGGGUUCUGCGGUGGUGGACUGGCUGGUGUUCAGUCAGCUAGCUCUGACCCGUGUAGAGGCAGUGACUCUGGCCUCGGCCGUCCUGGAGGAAGGUUUCCUGCGACCUGUAGGUAUGAGGAGCGUUGAGGCCCAGCGCAGCCACGGACUCAGUGAGCAGUUCCUGGAUGACUCCACCGCUCUCUACAGCUUUUCAGAGAACAUUAAGAAAAGAGGCAGUGUGAAGGCUGAGACUUCCUUAUCAGCCAUGGAACUAAGUGGGAAAGUCGUGAAAAGGGGCUAUCUACUGAAACAGGGACACAAAAGAAAGAACUGGAAGGUUCGACUGUUUGUGCUGCGAUCAGAGCCAGGUUACCUGCACUACUAUGACCCCAGUAAGGAUGACAUCAGUCCCGUGGGCGGGUUCUCUCUCCGAGGCUGUCUGGUCUCUGCCCUGGACGACAACGGUGUUCCUUCAGGUGUGAAGGGUAAAGUUCAGGGUAACCUGCUGAAGAUCAUUACUCAGUCUGAUACCCACUACUACAUCCAGGCCCCCAGCAGACAGGAGAAGAUGGACUGGAUAGAAGCUAUCAGGGGACAGUUAAAUAAGUAAAGCUUAGUACUUUAACGUAGUGUUUUAGGUGAGGGUGUUGUAGAUACAUCCCAUCCAUACAGUUUUUAAACAAACUUUUCAGGCCUCUACUGUACAAUCUUCUAACAUAUAAGAUUUCAAGAAAUUAUACAUUCCAUGAAUGUAACCAUACAAAGUUAAAACAGUUUGGAAUAAUGGUUUUUAAACAUGUAAAUAGAUAAUUCAACAUUGUGUUGUUUGAAUGUUAAAUAAAGCAUUUCCCCUGUGAGAAGG